ACACAUGCUGAAGAUCAUGCCGAGUAGGUUCAUGUAGUCUGGAGUCGGGUCUUCCAGGGUGGGGUUUGCUUCCGUGCUGGGGGGCUUGUAUCUGUAACAACAACAACCAAGAUAUGAAUGACCCUACCACAAAUAACGCAACUAGCUACCUUACUUAGCUAUACGUCAGUGUAACAACAUCUAGUUAGUUCACAAAAUGACAGGCGUUCUAGCUAGCUUGUUAGCUAGUCUAUAAUCGCGUUAGAAUAGUGCUGAAGACGUGUGAUUUAGCUAAGUAGCUAUCUCGUUAGCGCGCAAACCCAACCACAUUUACUCAAUUGUACUCACCGGAUAAUUUUGUUUACCCUUUGUGGGCCUGACAUGUUGUUUGCGGACAUAAUGUCCUUCUUGUUGAGAUAUUUUUAAGGAUUAAUUUAGUGGCAAAACGGUGUUGAGCGGGACCCGUCAGCUAGCUCGGCGAAUGAAGGGGCGGGGCCUAUAAUUUCCGCCGUGCGAUGGAUGUAUUUCAAAAUAAAUGCUUUAAAGGACGCGAAGGACUCUAUCAAUGCGGAGGGAGAAUGUUCGGACUUUUAUUUUGACACAAAUACUUUUACCCGGAACGAAACGAUUAUCACAGACAGGAAGUAAACCACACAUUUGCAAAAAUAUUAACAUUCUGGAGCAUAAACUGUAGGGGGAAAAAAGUACGUUCGUUUGCUGUUAGCUAACAGAAAUCAAUAUGAGUCAGUUAAUGAUUGCUCUCUCAUCAAACUAAAGCGAACAAGCAAGGUAUUUCAGGCAGAAGUGUGAAAUGUCGUUUCCCCAGCCCAAACCUGAGGUCCCUCAGCUCCCCCAAAACCUUCUCAGGACCAUAGACUGCCAACAAGGGGCUGUAAGAGCUGUGCGAUUCAAUGCUGAUGGUAACUACCUGCUGUCUUGCGGCAGUGACAAGUCUCUGAAGUUGUGGAGUGUAAGUCGAGGGACACUGCUGAAGACGUACAGUGGCCAUGGAUACGAGGUUCUAGAUGCUGAUGGUUCCUAUGACAACAGCCAGCUGUGUUCCUGCAGCUCGGACAAGACGGUGAUCCUCUGGGACGUCGCCACGGGACAGGUCACCCGGAAACUCAGGGGUCACGCUGGGAAAGUCAACUGUGUCCAGUUCAAUGAAGAAGCUACAGUCAUUUUAUCUGGCUCCAUAGAUGGUACAGUGCGCUGCUGGGACACCAGGUCCAGAAAAUUUGACCCCAUCCAGAUUCUGGACGAGGCUCAGGAUGGUGUCAGCAGUCUGAAGGUGUCUGAACACGAGCUGCUCACUGGGUCAGUGGACGGGAGAGUGAGACGGUAUGACCUGCGGAUGGGCCAGCUGCAUGUGGACUUCAUCAACAGCCCCAUCACGUGUGUGUGUUUCAGUGCGGACGGCCAGUGCACUCUGACCUCCAGCCUGGACUCCACCGUGCGUCUACUGGACAAGAGCACAGGGGAGAUGCUGGGAGAGUACACAGGACACAAGAUGAAGGGCUACAAGCUGGACUGCUGUCUGUCUAGUAAGGAUACUCACGUCCUGAGCUGCUCUGAAGACGGACACGUGUACUGCUGGGACCUGGUAGAGGGUUCUCUGAUGCUGAAGCUGCCAGUCGGGAAGGCUGUCGUCCAAUCGCUGUCUUUCCAUCCCUCGGAGACCCGCCUCCUCACAGCCAUGGAGGGGCGUGUCCAGGUGUGGGGGGCGGAGCCAGAGGAAACUGAAGAGGAGGUGGUGGUUGUUCAACAGGAAAAAGCAUAGUAAUCAUUAGGUGGACAUGACAGAAAGGACAAGAGUCAUGAUAUCGUCAGAACUGAUGAGUACUACUGUACUGAACUGCCUGUUCUUCACUAAGGGUUAGGGAUCGGAUUUUGGUUCAGGGAAAUGGUUGUGUGGUUGAAAAGUGCCGUUGCUUCCAUGGCUAAAAUAUGGAAUAAAUCAAUGAAAGUACUGCUGAUGUCCCAGCAUUAUCAAUAAUGUUUUUUAAAAUAUUCAUUGUAAAUAUUUUGUAAAUGAUGAGUUUUGAAUAAACCCUUUGUAUUUUCCAAAUGAA